GAUAUAUUAUUGAAAUACACUGUAUUUAUAGAGUCAUGAAGUGUAAUUGAAAUUUACACGUACAUUUAAUUAAAAAUGGAAAAUGAAAGUAACGAAAAAGAAAUGUGCAUUGGGCACGUGGCGAAGCCAUAUUUAAGCGUAGAAGAAAUAAAUAAAAUGAAGAUUCAAAAUUCGCGUUUAAUCUCAGGCUUUCAAGCCUUGCAACUAGAAAAAAAUGCUAAAAAGUAUUGGGAUUUAUUUUACAAAAGGAAUGAGGAUAGAUUUUUUAAAGAUAGGCAUUGGACGACUCGUGAAUUUAAGGAACUUUUAGGUUUAGGCAAUCCAAGUAAGGCUCAACGACUAUUGGAAGUUGGUUGUGGAGUAGGGAAUUUAAUUUAUCCAUUGCUUGAAGAUAAUAUUAAUUUUGAAAUAAUUUAUGCAUGUGAUUUAUCACCAAGAGCAAUUGAAUUUGUAAAAAAUAAUAAAUUGUUCAACCCAAAAAUAGUAGCUUUCCAAACUGAUAUAACAACUACGAAUUGUUUUGAAGUAAUUAGUAAUAAAGUUCAUAUUGCUGUACUGAUUUUUGUAUUAUCUUCGAUUCAUCCUGAUAAAUUUAAAAGUGUUCUAAACAAUUUGUACCCGGUCCUCGACAAUAAUGGAGUAGUACUAUUUCGAGAUUAUGGGCAAUAUGAUAUGACGCAAUUAAGAUUUAAGCCUGGACACAAAAUUUCAGAAAAUUUUUAUAUGCGUCAAGAUGGAACAAGAAGUUACUUUUUUACUAUUGAGGAAGUGCAAAAUUUAUUUGAAUCAACCGGUUUUAAAACUAUUACAUGUUCCUAUAUUGAGCGAAGAACAAUUAAUUUGAAAGAAAAUAUUGAUGUGCCUAGAAUUUUUGUGCAGGCAAAAUUUAUGAAGGUUUAGAAACAGAAUAUGAAUUUCUUGGAUUAAGAAGACAAAAUUGAGAAAA